AUGGACAAGAGGGAGACUAAGGGACCUCGUCAGAGACGUACUGCCGCUGAGACGAGCUCCGGAUCGGGCGCGCUCCGGAGGGAUGAGACGCCGCUGGGGGGCGGCGACGAGCGUGGAUCAGAUGCACCGCUCAGUGAGGCAACAUUCACCAAAGCACUGCAGGGUCUGAAGCAAGACAUCUGUGAUACCUUUGACUUGAGGAUCGACUCUCUUACUCUCACAUUAAGGUCAGAAAUUACAUCCGUAAAGGCUGAGCUUAAUGCUAAUAUGAACUCCAUCCACUCUCUUGUUGAAACUCAGGGAGCCACAAUCAAAGAGCUUGAGGCCUCUGCUACCUCUUGCAGUGAUGAUUUGUCCUCCCUGCAGUCCUCUGUAUCUGUUUUAACAGAGGAAGUUAAACAUCUACAGGCUAAAUGUGAGGAUCUGGAGGGAAGGUCAAGGCGUAAUAAUAUUCGUCUCAUUGGGCUGGCUGAAGGACUGGAACUGCCCAGCCCUAGAGAAUUCAUCUCACAGCUUCUGCGUGACCUUUUGGGAUUGGAGGAUGUGCCGCUUCUGGACCGGGCUCACAGAUCUAGCAGGGAAAAACCUAAAGAAGGAGCUCCACCUCGACCAAUUAUCAUCAGAGUGCAUUAUUUUCAUGUGAAGGAACUGAUUCUGCGCCGGGCAGGAGCUGCUGUUCCUCUUCUCCAUCAGGGCAGGAAAAUUUUUAUCUUUCCAGACUUUACGUCAUCAGUGGCCAAAAAAACGCUCACAAUUUGGGAAUGCCAAACGUCUCCUACACUCGUGCCCUGGCAUUAA